AUGGACUUUAAAAAUGCUGUAGCAACUCAUGAAAUUAAGAAUGGAAAGUCUAUUCAAUGGUGUAGGAAUGAUAAUGUAAGAGCGGAAGCAAUUUGCAUACAUCAUCCAGAGUGCAAAUGGAAAAUCAAGGCUUCAAAAAUACAAACAUACAAAGCUUUCCAGGUUCGAACUUAUGAUCCCCUACAUACUUGUAAAGAGUGGCAUUAUGAUAAUAGGACGAUCACUUCAUCUUUCAUUGCAAGAAAGUACCACAAAGAAGUUGUAUCGAAUAGAAAUUGGAGUGUGGCAGAAUUUUGGGAUAAAGUAAGUGUCAAACUAAGAGCUCAUGUGACCUUAUCUCAAGUUAAAAGAGCUAAGAUGAAAGCGAUUGCAUUAAUUGAUGGUGAUAUUAAAGAUCAAUACAAAAUGAAGUGGGAGUAUUGCAAUGAGAUUAAUAGAACAAAUUCAGGCAGCACAAUAUACAUGAAGCUUACUGACAACGCGGUCCUCAAUGAGCCACAGAGAUUUCAAAGAAUCUAUAUCUAUUUUGCUGCUUGUAAGCUUGGCUUUAGAGCGGGUUGUAGAAAAAUAGUAGGCGUAGAUGGGUGUUGUUUGAAGGGUCCAAUGUAUAAGACUCAACUAUUAUCCGUUGUUGGCCUCGAUGCUAACAACAAUAUACUUCUUAUUGCAUAUGCGAUUGUAGAAAAGGAAAGUAAGGAGACAUGGACUUGGUUUUUAAAUUAUUUGGCUGCUGAUUUGUGUAUAGGUGAGAAUGGUUGGACGUUUAUGUAUGACAAGCAAAAAGGUCUUAUUGAAGCAUUUAAUGAUGUCCUACCUUGUGUGAGUCACAGGUUCUGUAUUAGACACCUUCAUAACAAUUUUAAAAUUGCUGGCUUUGGCGGUGUCAUAUUAAAAAAAACUUUGGGCUGCUGCAAUGGUAGUACUAUCAAAAGGUUUGAUGACUGCAUGAAAAAUAUUUCAAAGUUAGAUCUUGAUGCUGCUACUUGGUUAAAUGAAAAAGAACCUAGUGAAUGGUCAAGAUCGCAUUUCUCUUCAGAUGUUAAGUGUGACAUUUUGUUAAAUAAUUUGUGUGAAGUGUAUAAUAGCAUGAUACUUGAUGCUAGAGACAAGCCAAUUGUGACACUUUUGAAGAAGUUGUGGUAUCUGCUCAUGGCUAGAAUACAAGCUAAUAGAGAAAAAGCACAAAAAUGA